AUGCGGUGGCUCUUCGCGAUGUUCAUGCUUUGCCUCUUCAUUGGAGUCGUGUUGCCGAUUAAUCGGACUCCAAAUAGAAGAGCCACUUUCUUGCGGCAAUCUUCUCGCCGAGUUUCUUCAGGUAGAUUUGGUCCCUCUCCACCGGCUCCAUUCUUUUCAAAGCCAACGGUGAUGGAUAAAGACACACGUCCUCCUGGAAUUCCGCCCACC